AGAGAGAAGCUAUAGUUUGAGCCGAGUCUGAGACACCAAAGAACCGGCCAUGUCUUCUUCCUCUCACACAGAUCUGAUCAUGCGCCUUCUCGACGAACCCGAUGAUCGUCCUCAGAUGUGGCCUGAAAAGAACCCGUAUGACUUGAACAGCAAGAUCAUGCUCAUCGCCAUCGUUUCAUUAUCUGUCGUGGUUGUGCUUGUGAUACUACUUCACACCUACGCAAGAUGCGUCCUCAGACGCCAGUCACUUCGCCGAGCUGCCGCCCUACGCCGCCUGGGUUCGACUGUUGCCCAUGUCCACUCUUCCGCCGAGCCACCCAAGACCGGCCUCGAGCCCUCCGUCAUCGCAGCCUUGCCCGUCUUUGUAUACGGUGAGAGACGUCAUGAAGGCGAUGCUGACGUCGAGUGCGCCGUGUGUCUGAGCAUGAUGGAGGAUGAAGAAAUGGCGAGGUUGCUUCCCAAUUGUAAGCACAGCUUCCAUGCAGAGUGCAUAGACACAUGGCUGAACUCACACACAACGUGCCCUAUCUGCCGGACGGAGGCGGAGCCCCGUAUCGAUCUCCAGCCAGAGCCAAGAGAAGGUCCUGUGGCCGGCGCAGCACCGACGGCUCCGCCGUUGGAGCGGGUUAACUCCAUGUUAUCAUGUGCCGCGGAAGGGACGUCGGAAGAUGGUAAAGCAGUACAUAGUGGUUCCAUUUCGAGGUUGAGUAGUUCUUUCAGGAGAAUGCUUAGUAGAGAUAGAUCUUCGAGAAGGGUUCAAUCUUCUGUUCAAGAAGAUGGUUUUGAAGAUUUAGAGAGACAGUGACAGUGAAUUUGAUUCGCUAUGGCCUAUGGGUGAGAUUAAAGUGCAAUUUUGCUCUAUAUACUGUCAUGAAAAUAUUAUUGUAAUUUUUGUUACAUGUUCGUAUGUGUGUAUAUCAGAU